UGUGUCUUACUAGUCAUUUAAAUUACUUUAGGAUGAGUUCAAAUGAGCCAGAUGGAAAUGGGGCUGAUGGCGCGUUACCGCCUCCACCUCCUAUUCCCCCUAAUGUUGUUCCAGUUCAAGCUGAACUAGAGCAGCCUCCGGAGUUACUGAAGAAGAAGGUUGUUCGGGUUCCGAUUGCACGACGUGGCCUUGCUUCCAAAGGCCAGAAGAUAACUCUGCUUACAAAUCAUUUUAAAGUUAAUGUCACUAAUAUUGAAGGACAUUUUUUCCAUUACAGUGUUGCGCUUUCAUAUGAAGAUGGUCGUCCUGUUGAUGGAAAGGGUGCAGGAAGAAAAGUGAUUGAUAAGGUACAUGAAACUUAUCAUAGUGAAUUAGCUGGAAAGGAUUUUGCUUAUGAUGGAGAGAAGAGUUUAUUCACUGUCGGUCCUCUCCCAAGGAAUAAACUUGAAUUUACUGUUGUUCUUGAGGAUGUCUCUUCAAACAGGAACAAUGGAAACUGUAGUCCUGAAGGUCCUGGAAGUCCUAAUGAUGGAGACCGCAAAAGGAUGAAACGACCAUACCGCUCAAAGUCAUUUAAAGUAGAAAUUAGCUUUGCUGCUAAGAUUCCAAUGCAGGCUAUUGCAAGUGCUUUACGUGGACAGGAAUCUGAGAAUUUCCAAGAGGCCAUCAGGGUGCUGGACAUCAUCUUACGGCAGAAUGCAUCUAAGCAAGGUUGCCUACUUGUCAGACAGUCAUUUUUCCAUAAUGAUCCAAGAAGUUUUACUAGCGUAGGUGGAGGGGUUCUGGGCUGCAGAGGCUUCCACUCCAGUUUUAGAACAACCCAGAGUGGCCUCUCUUUAAAUAUUGAUGUUUCCACUACUAUGAUUAUACAGCCAGGUCCUGUUGUGGACUUUUUAAUUGCAAACCAGAAUGUCAGAGAUCCUUUCUCACUUGACUGGACCAAGGCUAAACGGACACUCAAGAAUUUGAGGAUUCGAGCCAGCCCAUCAAAUUCAGAAUAUAAGAUAACUGGAUUAAGCGAAAAGCCAUGCAAAGACCAAAUGUUUACAUUGAAACAGAAA